AUGUUGGCCAACAGCUCAGCUCAGCUGUGCACAUCGGUGCUAACGUGGAUUACGGUGACGCCAAAACCGCAAACUGCAAAAUCCGUCUCGUGGGACCCUGCCUGUGAAGUAAAACUACUGCAGAAAAUGCAUCAUCCGAUGAUCAUCGGCUACUAUGACUAUUUCAUUUUCGAGAAUCAACUCGCUAUCGUUAUGCAGUACGCCGAAGGAGGCACCAUGGAACGGCUUGUGCACGACCAAAAAGGUGUAAACUUCCCCGAAUCGCAAGUGCUCAACUACUUCACCCAGAUCCUCAUCGCUCUUAAUCACAUUCACUCAAAAUCGAUCGUGCAUAGAGAUCUCAAAACGCAGAACAUCCUCUUGAACAGGUAUAGUUUAUGA